AUGAGUCUAAGGCAGAAGAUUGUUGAUGCGCAGCGAGACAACCCUUAUCUGGAAGAGAGAGUUCAUAGGGUGGAGUCAGGCCAAGAUGGAGAAUUCUCAGUUUCGGCGGAAGGUGGCCUCUUUUACCAAAGGCGUUUGUGCGUGCCAGCAGUUAGUGAUAUUAAAGAUGAGUUGUUGUCAAAGGCUUAUAGUUCCUUAUUUUCGAUUCACCCCAGCAACACCAAGAUGUAUCGGGACCUGACAUGUGAAAGCCCCGAGGUAGAAUCCAGCAGGCUUGUUACAGCCAUUGAGUGUACCAGAAUGGAAGUAGGAACAUGUGUCUAUGGACUUUAUUGUGGGGUUGCCUCGGAUCUCAAAGGUUUCACUGUGAUAUGGAUUGUGGUAUACAAACUUACGAAGUUAGCAUAUUUCAUACCUGGGAAGUCCACCUUUUUAUUGAAUAAGUGGGCACAGAUAUACAUGAAGGAGGUGGUGAGAUUGCAUGGAGUGCUCGUGUCCAUCAUGCCGGACAGAGACCCCCGUUUCACGUCUAACUUCUGGAAAAUUCUCCAGGAAGCUUUGGGGACCCGGUUAGAGUUCAUUACAGCUUUCCACCCUCAGACUGAUGGGCAGAUAGAGAGAUUGAAUUAG